UAUAAUUUCACAUUCUGUAUAUUACUUACUUGGUUCUUAUGUCAGGUCAUAUUGAUUUAUAUAGAAUAUCUUAUAAAAUAUAAUCCAACUACAAUAGUCAAUAAAAUAAAAAGUAUAAUUAUUUGUGCAAUUCAUUACACAUUAUCCUAACUUACUACAAAAUCAUCCAUGUCACAAAAAGUAAGCAAAGCAGUACAUAUACUUUCUGACAUGUAUUGUUAAACAGUUCAAUGAUUGUUAUGUACUCUAUUGUUAUGUACUCUAGAAAUUCUUUUCUUUAUUAAUGGGGCGUUUUAUUUCUUCUGUACUUGAUAAUAGUGUUACAAGUUAGUUCCAUUCUAAUGACUCUGACCAAACAAGCAGCACGAAUUUUAUAAAUGUGUAGUUACUUAUUGCAUACGUUUCCUGGUUGUUAUUCUCCUCAUCUGUGUUCCUGAUGGGGGUCACAGCAUUGUUUGCAUAACUUCAAUUGAUUAAAGUGUCCACCUCCCGCUCCUCACAUUCAGAUAAUGAAGUGCUAAUAGAUGGUUAAUGACUGCCUAGUUGUUGAAUUAUCCUAUAGCUUUGUCCUCACGUGUAUUUAAAAAAGAUACUCUGUGGUCUUAGUAAAGUCACUUGGAAAGAAUUGAGCCUUGAACAUACUUGGAUCAAGACACUGACUUCCAAUUUGUGUCUUGCCUCUGCUUUAUCCUUUAUACUUUAUCGUUGGUGCUAAUGCUGUCUGACCCAGCUCUCUGCUCUAUAACACACAUAGCAUAGAAAACUGACCAAUUAAGAGAUGAGAGGAAUGUCGCCUGGUACUCCAACACUAACAACCCUGAGAGAUGGAUUCACAAAGAGCAGUGAAAGGAGGAAAUUCACUACAGCUCAGUGUGGAAAGAGUUUUACUCAGGAAAAUAUUCUCAAGCGAGAACAGGGUGUUCACACAGGAGAGAAACCAUAUGAAUGUUCAUAUUGUGGAAAAAGAUGUACUCGCCACAUUGAUCUCCAAAGACACCAGAAAAUUCACACAGAAGAGAUAUAUUACUGCUCACAGUGUGGGAAGAAUUUUAAGCGUCUGAAGUAUCUCCAGCAACAUCAGCUCAUUCAUACAGGAGAAAAACCAUAUCGGUGUUCACACUGUGCGAGUGGUUUUACACAACGCAAUCAUCUCCGACAACACCUUCGCGUUCACACAGGAGAGAAGCCGUAUCACUGCUCCCAAUGUGGGAAGAGUUUUGCUCAACAAAGCAGUCUGCAAACCCACAAGCGCAUUCAUACAGGAGAAAAACCAUAUCGGUGUUCACACUGUGGGAGUAGUUUUACACAGCGCAAUCAUCUCCGACAACACCUUCGCGUUCACACAGGAGAGAAGCCGUAUCACUGCUCACAAUGUGGGAAGUGUUUUGCCCUACAAAGCAGUCUGCAAAUACACCAGCGCGUUCACACAGGAGAGAAGCCACAUCAGUGCUCACAAUGUGGGAACAGUUUUAGUGACAGACGUAAUCUUAAACGACACCUGCGUAUUCACACAGGACAGAAGCCGUUUUUCUGCUCACAGUGUGGAAAGAGUUUUUCUUACCAAUGCAGUCUGCAAACACACCAGUUCAUUCACACAGGAGAGAAGCCACAUCAGUGCUCAGAAUGUGGAAAUAGUUUUAGUGACAGACGGAAUCUUAAACGACACCUUCGUGUUCACACAGGAGAGAAGCCGUUUUUCUGUUCCCAGUGUGGAAAGAGUUUUUCUUACCAAUGCAGUCUGCAAACACACCAGUUCAUUCACACAGGAGAGAAGCCACAUCAGUGCUCAGAAUGUGGAAAUAGUUUUAGUGACAGACGUAAUCUUAAACGACACCUUCGUGUUCACACAGGAGAGAAGCCGUUUUUCUGUUCCCAGUGUGGAAAGAGUUUUUCUUACCAAUGCAGUCUGCAAACACACCAGUUCAUUCACACAGGAGAAAAGCCACAUCAGUGCUCAGAAUGUGGAAAUAGUUUUAGUGACACACGUAAUCUUAAACGACACCUUCGUGUUCACACAGUAGAGAAGCCGUUUUUCUGUUCACAGUGUGGAAAGAGUUUCAAGUUUUCAAAUAUGUUAAAAACACACAAGUGUAUACAUUGAAUCUGUAAUCCUGAUUUUAUACUAACAGUGAAAUGCCUGAUGGAACUUGAUUUGUGUCACUGGGAGGCACUUGUAACUUAUCUUGUACCAUAAUAUUGUCACUUUACUAUAAUAUAAUGCAACAAGGCCUUGGAGAAUGCAAUCUUGUCCUACUGUCUUGUGGAUUUAUAUUGUAUAGAAUGACAAUAAAGCUCUCUACUAAUUUCUACUAA